AUGUGGAGUCUGACCGGCCUGUUUUCACGGUCGACUCAGCAACCAGAGGUCACGCAAGCAAAAGCAGACGACGUCUCAGGAAAUAACGCCGACACCUCGUCGCAUCAAGAAACAGACUCUGCGCAGUCAACACCAAAAGCCUCAGCGACGGUCUCGGUAGUUCAGGUGCCGGAACUCAAUCUACACGAGUCCGACAAGUCGUCCGACCAGACAAGCCAAAAUGCUCCCACGAUAAUCUCGCCGACCACGAAUAGCCCCUCUCUUAUGCCUCCUCCAUCUGUUCCUCGACCUACUACUUCACCAGAUAAACAGCAAAGACGACCACCAACCCUCAAACCCACAGGUCAGGGCCUCCUCGUACCCCCGAAAGUGAAAGCAUCCGCCCUCCGCCCACCCCCCUCAGCCGCCGCAACUCUACGCACUCCAUCAGCAGCCAACAACCUCACAACCAGCACCCUCGCCCCAUCCCAACGCUCAUCCCGCAAAGUAAUCCUCGGACCCGGCCACUCCCCGCUGGAUUGGGCAACCCUGACCAAAGAUCCGCGCAACAACCUCCGUGGCGCAAAUCUUCCGCCCACACUUAUAAAAGUUACACCGUCCAUGCUCAAGACACAGAACGGGCGCAAGGGGACAGAUGCAUGGACAUCAUAUAACGGGAAGGUGUACAAUAUCACUCCAUAUGUGUCCUUUCAUCCCGGUGGAAAGGGGGAGUUGUUACGCGGUGCCGGCAAGGAUUCGGCAAAAUUGUUUCUAGAGACGCAUCCGUGGGUGAAUUGGGAUGGGAUAUUGGGUGAGUGUUUGGUGGGGAUACUAGUUUCAGAGAACGAUAAAGCGAAUGAGGCGAAUGAGCUGGAUGCGAUGGACUAA